CGAGCGACUAAGAAUUUUCAUUGACUGUGGGUCCGCAUUCGGUUCCUUUUGCUGUUAGUGUUGUUGUUUUUCCUUUGUGGUGCUGAUCUAGUGAUACUAGGGCUAUUGUGUCUGCACGAGUGUAUCUCCAAAAAAAGUAUCUCACCGAGUUGCACUUUGUAUUCGAAACGGGACGGAAGAAGGACCAAUCUACUCGCUGGCCACCGACUAGGACCUCGACAAGUCUGGGAAAUUUGCUACCUGAGCGCCACCUGAGUAUCCAUAAUUUUCACAAGGUACCAGGACUACCAGGGGGAGCAUCCUGCCUUGGACGUUCACCAGCUUUUCUUCAUGAUUUCCCGUUUUUUUUUGCUUCAGUUUUUCUGUGAAAAGUCAGCACCUACUUUUGUGAUUUCAAGUGUUCCUGAAUCUGAGAUUCCUGAACAACUUUCACAUUUCCCCCAGAGCCAGGACGAGUUUUCAUCGUACAUGCUUAUGCGGCGGCAGCGAGCUGACACGGUUCGUUUGUAACGUUUAGUUUUCCUACGGUUGUGGAAAUUUUAAUUAGCAUCCGGUCAUAGUGAAAUGGAGGCUGCCGCUUUUCCCGUGUUUCGUGUGUACGUUAUCCAAAGUAAUUUUGCCGUGCUGUGAUCGUGUUUGGCUGAUUUUCGUUUUGUUUUCCCGGAAUUCCCGAGCAGCGCCAGGUUUCCAUCUAAUUUUGCUUUUCCAGCCUGAAUCGAGCCAGUAUCGAGCCAGAAUCGAAGAUUUCAGCGUAGUUUCUAGUGUAGUGGGACUGGGUGAUUUGUUGCGUUUUUUUAGUUGUUUCUGUGUUGUGUGUUGCGCGGGGUGGUUUCCAGCUUGGAGUCGUGGAGUCAAAGUCAAUUCAAAAAUAGUACAAGUAGUUCACGACGAGUACAUACUGUCCGCAGAUGAAAAUCCAAGAGGAAAAUCCGUGAUUUGUUUAAUCGCAGGACCGUGCCGUCUCGGACCAAGCGAGUGUUGGCUGGAAAAUAUUUUUAGCGUCGCUGGUAGACCGACUCCCAUUCAGCUGGAACAGUUUCGAUCGGAUUUUUUGGAUUAAUGAUGCACAACGGAUCCAAGAUUUGUAUUCGGAUACAGCUGGGAAAUUGUGUUGAAGGUUGUUGAUACGUACGCAGUUCACUUCAAGGAAUGGAAAUCUUAUAACUACGAAUGAUCAGUUAAUCAUCUAACUGAGAACAAACAUCCGGAAUACAUCGUAAGAUGCUGUUUCCUUUCCGUGAGGAUCGAAAUAGCGGAAAUCUGAUCAACGACAACUCUGACAACAACAAUCGAACAUCCAACGAAAAGAAGCAACACAAGUCCACCACUGGAUCGCAUGGCAAUCUGUCCACAAGGAGCCACGAUGCCAGCAACAUCAAAGAUCGUCCCGGUCAAAGGAGCACCAGUUCCAUGGCCAAUGCCAAAAGGACAUCGGGAUCGUGUAUGACUGGAACCGCGGAAGCAAGUAAAGGAGGUGUGAUCGUAGAUUUUAGUAAUUUAAAUGUUAACAACGCUAGGACAAAUGCUAGUGUGACUGCAGUAAGGGACGGGAAAAGUUCUAGUUGUAAUGAAAAUUUAGUUUCUAAUAGCGUCAAUACUACUAACACAAAUGCAAUUACGAAUAAGAGGAAUUCCGAUGAUGAUCGGGCUACGAUAGCAUCGCUAACGGCAAGGAGUCAGACGCGACAACGUCGUCAUCGGCAUUCGAGCGUGAAUAAUGGCUGUGAAAGUUACUCGAGCAGUCACUCCACAAUGCACUCGAGUGGCGGUUCGUCAAGUGGUUCAACGUCCUGCAGUGGAUCUUGCAGCGAUGAUGGCGAAUCUACAACGUCGUCCGGUGAGCCAAAUUUGCCUUAUCCUGGCUUUCCGGAGAUCGCGCUAAAGUAUUUAACUCAGGAUACGAGACCGAGAAACUGGUGUCUUCUACUUAUAACGAAUCCUUGGUUCGAGCGAGUGUCAAUUUUAGUUAUACUUCUAAACUGCAUAACUCUGGGAAUGUAUCAGCCUUGUGUGGACGAUGCAUGCGUGACAAAUCGAUGUAAGAUACUACAGAUAUUCGACGACAUAAUUUUUGCGUUUUUCGCACUGGAAAUGACAAUCAAAAUGGUGGCAAUGGGAAUCUACGGGAAGAACACUUACCUGGCCGACUCCUGGAACCGCCUGGAUUUCUUCAUUGUCUUGGCAGGACUUUUAGAAUAUGUGAUGCACGUGGAAAAUUUGAAUUUAACAGCGAUACGCACAAUAAGGGUGUUACGGCCACUGCGGGCUAUAAAUAGGAUUCCAAGUAUGCGAAUCCUCGUGAUGCUCCUGCUCGACACACUGCCAAUGCUGGGCAAUGUCCUGUUGCUGUGUUUUUUCGUCUUUUUCAUUUUCGGAAUUGUCGGAGUUCAACUCUGGGAAGGAAUUUUACGACAACGCUGCGUCCUACAACUACCGCCGAACGUUAUUGCACCCAACAUAUCCUUUUACUAUGAAUAUUCAAAGGAGCAGGACUACAUCUGUUCGAAACCUGAUGAUUCGGGAAUGCAUCUUUGCUCGAAUUUGCCACCGUAUCGAGUUGGACCUAUGCUUUGUGAUGCCUAUCCUCAUCCAUUCUCAAUGAAUUAUCCAACCAACAAAUCCUGCGUUAACUGGAAUCAAUUCUACACAAAUUGCACACAAUUGGGAAGCAACCCCUUUCAGGGAACAAUAUCAUUCGACAAUAUUGGAUUAGCCUGGGUUGCGAUAUUUUUGGUAAUUUCAUUAGAGGGUUGGACAGAUAUUAUGUACUAUGUUCAGGACGCACACAGUUUCUGGGAUUGGAUAUAUUUUGUGCUACUUAUAGUGAUUGGAUCAUUUUUCAUGAUUAAUUUGUGCCUAGUCGUAAUUGCAACGCAAUUCUCAGAGACAAAGAAACGAGAAAUGGAAAGGAUGCGUCAGGAGCGAGCUCGUUACACAUCCACCUCAACCCUGGCUUCAAGCACGAACAACUCAGAACCGACCACAUGCUAUGCGGAAAUUGUCAAAUAUAUCGCUCACCUGUGGAGACGUUCCAAGCGACGACUGCUUAAGAAGUACAGAUUAUAUAAGUGCCAACGACAGCAGCGAAAAGAAGGUUUGCUCCCUAAUGCCGAAAAUUUAACAUUCUCACCAAGUAGAAUAAAAGCCCAUCAUCCGAAAUGUCCUAAAUUUGGGCGGAAACCUUCGAAUAUUCAGGAACAGAUGAUAACCGUCAUGGUUCCAUUGAAUUCAAACAACAAUCUAAACUUACAAUCUUCUACUCAGAAUGUUAAUCUAAAUGUUUCCAAUAAUAACAACAACCACAACAAUCACGAGCACAAUUCAUCGCCGGAGAACUCGGAACAUUCGGCGGAGACAUCACGAGCCUCGAAUUUGAAGAAGGUCAACCACAAGGAUGAUAUUAGCCAGAAGACGAUUCUUCUAAAGAUACCGACGGGAAGUGAAUCAGAACAGUUAAUUAAUCCUUGCAAUUCCGGAUUUUUGAGCCCACCAACAUCAGCCAGGAGACGGUCCUCGGUUAUGUUCAAUGAUUAUGUGAUCCUGCAUACACCCCCGCCAAUACCUGAACCCACCACGGAUAAGAAUGUGUGCUCCUCCGAGAAGAUGACUCAAGCCGGCGAUGGAAGCAUUUGGCAGGUUAAUCUGCCUCAAUCAAUAGGCAGCCACGCUAUGGGCAACGCCUACACAGACUGUUCCGAAUUAAGUUUAAACGACGCCAUGACGUGCCAAGAGCUUCUUGCGUUUUCAGUUGCCUUUUCAGCAGCUCUCCCAACCGGACAAAGUACCUUGGAGUCAUUCUACUCAUCCCUGACCCACCAGCACAAUCAUCAACCAGCUACCACGCAAGCGAACCUCGUACAUUCGAAUUCACGCUACCUGGAGGACUACUCGUGCUGUUACGACCUCUACCAGAAUGCCUUGGAUCAAAUCGAGAGCAGAGAGAAGAAGCACUCGAAACUGUGUCAAGCCAUCAUAACUGUCUACAAGUUCGUCUCGAAAAUCUUUCACUUCAUACGAAAGCAUGUGAAGGCGCUGGUGGAGUACAAAUACUUCCAACAAGGAAUCCUGCUUGCCAUACUCAUUAACACCUUGUCCAUGGGCAUCGAAUAUCACAAUCAGCCAGAGGAAUUGACGGUCAUCGUGGAGACGAGUAACAUUGUCUUUUCAGCAAUUUUUGCAGUGGAGAUGUUCUUGAAAGUCAUCGCUGAAGGUCCUUUUCGAUAUAUCGCGAAUGGUUUCAAUGUCUUUGAUGGUGUAAUUGUUAUUCUCAGUGGAAUUGAAAUCUGCCAGCAGUUUUUCGGCGAUGGAGGCGGUGGAAACUCAGGACUAAGUGUUCUAAGAACAUUUCGACUCUUGAGGAUACUCAAGUUGGUACGUUUCAUGCCGAAUCUUCGAAGACAACUGUUCGUUAUGCUACGGACAAUGGAUAACGUUGCAAUUUUCUUCUCGCUCCUGGUCCUGUUCAUUUUCAUAUUCAGCAUUCUUGGCAUGUACCUAUUUGGCGGUAAGUUUUGUAAAUUUAUGGACGAAUCCGGGCAAGAAAGGGAAUGUACUUGCCCCGAGAUUAUCAGCAAACACCCACAAUGUGAAUGUGAUCGUAAACACUUCAACAACAUUUUAUGGGCCACAGUAACAGUUUUUCAAAUACUGACCCAAGAAGAUUGGAAUGUAGUUCUGUUCAACGGAAUGGAGAAGACCAGUCAUUGGGCCGCCUUGUACUUCGUCGCCCUCAUGACUUUCGGUAACUAUGUUCUGUUCAACCUGUUGGUUGCUAUCCUUGUUGAAGGUUUCAGUUCAGAGAGAAAUGAAAGGAGAGAACGUGAACAACGGGAGCUAGUGAAAAAGCUUCGCGAGGAAAAUAUGGUUGAAAACUUCAGUGAUAUUAUGUACGAAGAAUCGCGGAGCGGCUCGGAUUCCUCGUCAACGAAUGAAAGUUACUAUGACGUUAAGAACAAAUGGCAUAGUGCGGAGGAGCUAAGAAAGAUUGAGGAAGCAAAUCAGUCAAAAACGGAACCCAAAUGUAAUAUCCAAAAGCAACGAUUGCUGCAGCCGAAUUUAGACUAUAACAUAAAUGAGCUCACCCCGACUUCCGAGGCUCAAGGCAGUGCUAAUAAAACUAGCGCCGAUCGGGAUUUUGCGAGAAUCAAUGAAGAUGACAAAAAGAUAUUGAAAAAAACAUAUUCAAUAAAGGAGAGACGAUAUGACAAUUCAAAGACAGGAAACCUUCGAUCUCCUUGUAAUCCACCAAUUAUAAUGACAACUGCCGCAACGCCACAAGACUCUCCCAAUACGACACUUGAAUCAGGAACAACUUUCAAAAACUGGAGCCAACAAAAUCUUGAUGGGAUUGCCCUCAAGGAGCAAGUACUGAAGAGCUUCAGUACACCAUCCCUACUCAAACCGCCAUCAACCUUGAUCGGUCAAAGGAUAGCCGACGAACGCUUGCCAACAAUUGAUAUCAGCCCACCCUCCGCGGUGGGUUCACUGUUAGACUUGAAAUCGGUCAAUUCUAGUAAUAAUUACCUCAAUACCAUGAGCAGUACGAAUUUAACCGAACGACUAGUCAGUAACGAAAGACACAAGGAAAACACAGAUCCGCAGGCGGAACCCAAUUCCAUGAUGACUAGAAGUUCUAGCUUCAAACGAUUCCGAAGGACGAGUUCAAAAAAGAGCAAGAAAGUAACUGAUACGGAAGAUGAACCGGUGAUCCUAAACAACGAUCGCGACUGGUCAAAAACAAACAAUAGUGUAUCACGCACUAGCUCGUUCCUUCAACCUGCGAACAGGAUUCAAAAUGACACCCGUGAUGCCAACGUGCUGACUCCUCGGAAUUCGAUUAGAAGGAGUUCAACUAUUGGCAGACGAGCUUCGUGCAUCUACAACAACACCCAAUUCUACCACAAUCUGAACCGACAAACCUCCAUCAAAAACUACAGGAUGUCGAGGCGAAUGUCAUCCAUUGAACUGGCGUUCGAGAAAGCCUCAAACAUGAACAUAAACAAUAUUGAAAACCGGAAUUCCUUGGCUCUUAGAAGUUCCAAAAUCGAUCUAGAUAAAUGGCAAAAAUCUCUAUCGAAUUUAAAUAUUCCUGAAAGUCAGCCACCAGCAGCGACACAGCCAGCACCACUUCAGGAAUCUACUCAAAUAGGACGAAGUAAUAGCCAACAACAGCAAACGGAACACGUGACGAAGCUUAAAAUCCUUAUUGAGUUGCUGAAGCCUACGCACUUUAUACAAGAGCGUGAGGACUAUUCGCUAUAUUUGUUUCCUGAAGAUAAUCGGUUUCGUCAUGCCUGCAUUUGGUUCGUCAAUCAAAAAUGGUUUGACAAUGCAGUUCUGCUGUUCAUAGCCCUCAAUUGUAUUACGCUAGCCAUGGAAAGACCCAAUAUACCGCCCACUAGUUCAGAACGGUUUUUCCUUGCGACAGCCAAUUAUAUUUUUACUGUCGUCUUCACAGUGGAGAUGUUUGUUAAGGUGGUGGCGGCAGGGAUGUUUUAUGGACAAGACGCUUAUUUCACAUCAGGUUGGAAUAUUAUGGAUGGAUCACUAGUGACAGUCUCGAUUAUUGAUCUCCUUAUGUCACUAGUGAGUGAGUCAAGUCCUAGGAUAUUUGGAAUAUUGAGGGUGUUCCGCCUCUUGCGAUCACUGCGUCCACUCAGAGUCAUCAAUCGAGCGCCAGGAUUAAAACUCGUUGUUCAAACCUUGCUCUCAUCAUUGAGACCUAUCGGCAACAUCGUACUUAUUUGCUGCACAUUCUUUAUAAUCUUCGGCAUCCUUGGCGUCCAGCUCUUUAAGGGCACGUUCUACUACUGCGAAGGAGAGCACACUAAAGGAGUGAAGAACAAAACUGAUUGCUUGGCCAUUGAAGGAAACGUGUGGGUCAAUCGAAAAUACAAUUUUGACGAUUUAGGCAAAGCACUCAUGUCUCUCUUUGUCCUUUCGUCCCGAGACGGAUGGGUGAACAUAAUGUAUACGGGGCUGGAUGCUGUCGGCGUAGACCAGCAACCAAUCCCAAACUAUAACGAAUGGAGGCUCCUUUAUUUCAUAGCUUUCAUAUUAUUAGUUGGUUUCUUCGUUCUAAACAUGUUCGUCGGAGUGGUCGUUGAGAACUUCCAUAGGUGUCGUGAGGAACAGGAGAAAGAAGAGAAAAUCCGAAGAGCUGCCAAGCGAGCGCUCCAAAUGGAGAAGAAACGACGUAGAAUGCAUGAACCUCCAUACUACACCAACUACUCCCCAACAAGGAUGUUUGUGCACAACGUAGUCACCUCCAAGUAUUUCGACUUGGCCAUAGCCGCGGUGAUUGGGCUCAAUGUUGUCACGAUGGCAAUGGAAUACUACAUGAUGCCAGUAGCGCUAGAAUACGCACUGAAAAUAUUCAACUACUUCUUUACGGCAGUUUUUAUCCUGGAAGCAAUCAUGAAACUUGUUGCACUCGGCUUUAAGCUCUAUAUGAAGGACAAAUGGAAUCAGCUUGAUGUUGGCAUUGUGAUCCUGUCCAUUGUCGGAAUUGUUCUCGAAGAAUUAGAAACGAAUAUAAUUCCGAUAAAUCCCACUAUAAUUCGGGUGAUGCGCGUAUUACGGAUAGCACGAGUAUUGAAACUUCUAAAAAUGGCAAAAGGAAUCCGGGCCUUACUGGAUACUGUGAUGCAAGCCCUUCCUCAAGUCGGCAAUUUGGGACUCCUGUUCUUCCUACUCUUCUUUAUUUUCGCAGCACUUGGAGUUGAGCUUUUUGGCCGACUCGAGUGCUCCGAAGAAAUCCCUUGUCAGGGACUAGGAGAACACGCCCACUUUGCGAAUUUCGGAAUGGCUUUCCUUACAUUGUUCAGGGUGGCCACUGGUGACAAUUGGAAUGGAAUAAUGAAAGACACUUUACGAGACAAUUGCGAUGAUGCCGCUGAUUGCGUUAAAAACUGCUGCGUUAGCACGGUCAUUGCGCCUAUCUUUUUUGUGAUUUUUGUGCUUAUGGCGCAAUUUGUACUUGUCAACGUAGUUGUUGCGGUCCUAAUGAAACACCUAGAAGAAAGUCACAAACAGAUGGAAGAUGAAUUGGAUAUGGACACUGAAUUAGAACGGGAAUUCGUUAGAGAACAAGAGUUCGAGGAGGAACAAGCUUUGUGUUUGCAACUACAGGAAGAGCCCAACAAUAUUCAGAAAAGACCGCUGGAGAAAGUUUCAUCGCUUCCAUCGAACUUUACUUACAGUACACCGUCCUUAGAUAAAAAAUAUCUGCAACGGCGUCAGACUAUACAAUUUUAUAAUCAGACCUUAGGAUUGACCGACCUGGGUGGCCAAGCAUUUCGAAAAAGUCCUAUUUUCGACGAAAAGGACAGUAUCACUGAAGAGGCUGUUGAAAAUAGUUUUAAUGAAACUGAAGACCAGCCUCCUCAGGAUAAUCAAACGCAAACACCUAAACUCUCCAAACCGAAACGGACCUCAAUUUUGCGCAGAAAGAUGCUUACUAAAGAACGAUCCUUAGAUGAACAUGCUCAAAGACGCCGAAGACUAGAAACUAAAAGAAUGAGCUGCGAUAACCUACCGUGGAGAAGCGAAGCCCGCCGAACUAUAUUCGAAGCAACGGAAUUCGAUGCAGAACCAGAAACAGAUAUGCGGAAGUUCAAAAGUGAAGAAUAUCCGACUGUCAAGUCUGAUUUGGGAGUUGAUCUCGAUCCUCUACCAGAAGCGGAACCCAAACACCACGAACCGGACCUAGUAGAACCCAGAACGAAAAAUCGUCAAGUGACGAAAUCAAUUUCGCUUGACCCAAAUCCUAAAUCAUCUUUCCUAGUCGUGCCCAGAUCGAUGCCACCGCGAAGCCGAUCUGGAAGCACAAAACAAUUGUUUAAACAGAAAGCCCUGGAUGAAGAUCCUGAUAUAGAUGAAAGCUCACUUUUACUUCCUACGGCAUCACGAUCUCAGCAUACUGGAAAUGGACGAUAUGACCAGAUCAAUGAGCGACAGGAGUCUUUAUCGAAGUCUGACUCAGCGGAGAUACUAAGAAUCAUUUCAGAACGUCGACGAAUGGACAAGAGAGAUACUUGCGGAAACGAAGAUUCGGACUACAAUGAACUACUCUUAGUGAAAUCACCCCAAUCGUCAAUGGAGGCCUAAACAAAGAUUUCGUAAAGUCUUUUUCUAAAAACUAUUUUAACUUCUAAAUCUUUCUAUACGGAUGGAAAUCUGGAAUGUUAUUGGACAUUAGAUAUUUCAUAAUCAAUGAUUAUUAGAUAAAAAACUAAAUAUUUGGUUUCAGCGUGAAAUAACCCCAACAAAAACAAUAGUUGCAAGGAUCAAAGCCGAACUUUAUAUGAUUGGUCAUGGCAGAAUCCUUUCUUCUUCUAAGGUCAAUCAUCAUAUUUGGAAGGAAAGCCAACCCCUCUUAUUUGAAGUCGCCUAAUUACAUAUUGAGGUUCAUAAUGCCGAUGGCAAAUGUCUCCAGCUAGUCUGCUGGUCUGUUGGAGAUGAGUACGAAAGAGUCUCAAAACUUUUAUUAUUCGCACUUGUCAAUACAUUGAAAGAACAAAGAGUUAGAAUGGAGCCUUCCGAAAAGGAACUCUUAGCAAUGAAAGAUAAGCUUGACAUUCGGUAGAACACUUCAGCAAUAAAAAUUUCUGGUACCUCAGAAUAAGUUAGGAUGAAGAAAUGGGGGAACCAUAGUAUAGCUCCUUGUACUUAAGUAUAAAAUGUUAGGUCAAUUGCACUAUUCAUUGAUACGUUUGCUUAAUAAGUUUCCUGGCUGCCUUGUUCCCAGAUAGGGCGAAUGUAGAAGCUUCUUUCAAUGGUAUCAGACAUAACAGACAUUAUCAUCAUCAUUUGCAUCAUUCAGCCCGCGAGAUAACUCUGGUCCCAGGGCGAAACCUGUCCCGACGUACUUGACAGCCUGCAAAUUCCCGCUUUCCAUAAUAAUAGAAAAUAAGCGGAUUGGUUGUCAUUUCCCCGAGGUUUUAAACAUGUGUAUACAUCAAUCCGUCUCCUCAGACAAGUUUCAUACAAAGAAAACCCUGAUCCCUUCAAUUUUAUCUUCAUGAGCCUUGAAAUACGGCAUGGACCGAUGCUUUUGCUGUGUCAAUAAUGGUCUCAUGUUCUCAUGUCAUCCCACCCUUUAUAUGAUGUUUGUUUGCAUCGCAUGAAGAUGGGGAGAUGCAAGAAAGUCAAGUUUGUCCACGAACGCAACCGCAUCAUCCCCACUAAAACCCAGUCCCUACUUUCUCCUACUUCUACCCCACGUAACAGCUACAUGAAUUUGACCAUAAGUUGCUACCUCGACCUUCUAUCAUAGUAUGCGUUAGUUUUGUGUGAGUUUAAUUGAGAGCUUAGGUCUACCGUCUGCCAGUUUUGCCCUACUUUAAGUACCUCCCCAACUAAUCAUCACAUUUCGAGUGUUUCAUUAAGUCCCCCUCUCCCUUAGAAACAAUAGAACAUUCCAUUUUCUAGUUCUUCAUAUGUAUUGCCGCAUAAGAGACCAUUUUGGGAAGUUCUUUUAAGUAGCAGAGUAGUCGCGAGGGAGGGAAGCUCUGGUUCUAAUACUGUCAAGGCCGGUGGGUGUGAACACCAAAAGACCCUCGUUGGGCGCUGUGUUAUGAAGAGAGUAGGCCUUGCAUUACCUUGACAGCAAUCCGGUCACUAAGACCGUCAACUAACCAAACUCCCCUAACAGGUUUGCCAGUCGUAAGCACCGACUGCGCCAGAUAAUGUAUGGAACCGGACGGCACGGUAGUAAUUUUGUACUGAUGAAGGGGGUAAGUUGCUCCUGAAAUAUAUAUCUACACUGAUAAAUAAAAAUUGUAGUUUGGAGGAAGCUACCGGUCUAACAAUUUUCGGACGGCACGUGCUAUAAUUAACUGGAAUGUUAGCAUUUCGGCAAGAUGAGGUCCGCAUGGUCUUGGUUCUCAAAUAUUAUCUCUAUGUCCUGACAUUCGGGUUAGCAGUAGCACGUGCGGGUCUGGUUUCAUACGUCACGUAGUCGGUAUUCACGACUGGAAAACCAGUUAGGGGAGUUUGGUUGGUUGACAGCCUUGGUGAGUGUGACGGUGCCAAGGUUAUGCAUCGCCUGCUCUCUUCGUAACAAUGUAAAGUUGUCGAUUUCACCUGACCACCUUCAGAGAACUCCAAACACAUAUCGGCAAUUCCGCACCAACAUCAGUUGAACUCCUGCCGUUAAAACGUUUCACAUAAAAUUCGUAAACGCUCGCUACUUAAACUGACCCAUUCAUAGCUGAUAGGCCGACCAGACCCCACUCAACUUCUGAUCGCUACUUAACUGUGGGCUAUUCAGCCGUAGCUGACAGGUCUACAGGAGUGUAUAUGGUUGGUAUAAGGAAUUCUGUCAAAUGAUAAUUCACCUCCGCAUGUCGUCUUGCAGUCUAUUUCUUGAUGUAAAAAAAGAGCUUAUGGGACCGCCGACCGUCGUUAUUAAAACCUUUCAUAAGCCUCCCCAUUCAAGUCCAGAUUAAUUGUUAAAUUAAAUGACCUUAGGCAAGUAAUGCAUUUCUAUUCCACAAGAUUAAUUGGGAUCGCAGAACAUGCCCGACCUCUUCGGAAGUGGCUCUGAAGGCGCAUCUACCUCUUAGCACAGUCAAACGAUAUUCUGCACCUACCGUCUAGCGGUUUACUUCCGUGACCAAUGCGCUCGGCCUCAACGAGCGUUGUUAGCAGAUGGAUGGGAAGUGAUGUACUGGCUAUGAACAGGAUGCAUUUAUGCAUUGGUGCGCGUCUAUAUGUUAGGCAUCAUCCUUGCUAACGACUUGCCAACAUUUGAAGUGCUAAUCGUGUUGCUCUUCCUCUAUUUAGUGAUCUAGAUUGGUUUCGUCUAUUCUCCCGCCAGAUCUUACCAGACUCCUUCCAGGUAUAUUUUCACUGCACUAACGUUUUUUCUACUUGGGUGUUCUCCAGCGUCCUUUGGGUCUUCCGUAACUACGAUCAUGACCGGAUCAUUGGCGAACUCCACUAUGGUUGUCUACUUCGGGGCAGUACUUAACCUUUGCAUGGCAUUCUACGCCGUCAUCAAGCCCUUCCUUCCAAUCCUUCGUAGAUAUUAUUUUCUAUUUCUAACAGCAAUUAUCACGAAGCCGUCUAGUGAUGUUUUAUAUUGCGUCCUGAUCAGGAAAGGGCUCAAAACUACUUUUCGUAGAAACUUCAAUCAAAUCCUUUGUCCUCUUAGUUUCUUCACCACUACGCAAACCGCAUCGGGGAUUGAUUUCACAUACUUUUAAACUUGGCUUUGUGGUGUCUAUAAAUCGCUGUUAUAAUUAUUUAUGGUUCGCUCUACAUUUUACUCAUUGACAAAGCCUUUUCACUAGGAGACAUGCAGACCAUAAUUUAGCAGUUUCCCUAUUCUAUCGGUAUUGGGCCCCUUGUUGCAAUUCAAAGCACUCAUGUUCUGAUGUACAUCCCAUUCUUUCUCUUGCAAUAUCAUAUACUGUCCAGCUGACAACGAUUCAAUCAACACAUGACCUCCUUUUGUAUUUUAAAUUAAAUGUCUGCUCCCCGCAAAUACAUGCAGAUCAUGCCUUCGACAGAGCAAUAUGCCGAAACCGAUCAGGACGAUCCGACCCCGCUUGUGAAAUCACAAAGGCUAAAGAGAAGUCUACUCCCCGCUUGUUUUUCCAGCCGUAGAUGGAUUGCCUGGUAGUCCCUAUAAGUGUGUCGCCAAUCAAGGUUUCUUACUAACGUCGUACUCACUAAACGCUGACGCCUUCCUCGUAAAACCCCCCUUAGUCCUCUGCAGCCUCGUUAAAUGGUUCCAUAAAUUUUGUUUAAAUAGGCGUCGAUCAGAAAGCCGCUGAAAUUCUUCUGAAAGAGCCCAGCGACAACAACAGCAACAAUCGUUAGUGAUUUUUUCCUUAUCUUUCAGCAUUAAGUGUUGCAUUGCUUAAGUCUCCCUACGCCGAUCGCUAGAUAUCGAUGUGCCACUUCCAAAAACCACGGGGUCUGGGUUACCUAAUCAUCCACGGGUAAUAUACCUUUUUCAUUAUCAUCGUCAACGGCGCAACAGCUGGUAUCCGGUCUAGGCCUGCCAUAGAAAGGAAGUCCAGACAUCCCGGUUGUUACACCAAGGUCAACCAAAUUGAUAUCUGUAUGGUGUUCUGACAGACACCAAUGCUCCACGUGAGGCAAGGUCUGACAUAGAAAUUGCCCUUAUAGACUUUCAAAACUAGAUCAUCCUCGCCCAUACGGAUUAAGAAACCCUCCAAUCGCAACCUGUUAAGCUGGGGUUUUAUCCCCAAUUAGACGAUCAUGACAUCGCUCAUACGGAAUUAAGUUUCUCCGAAUUAUAUUUUUACGGCUAAAUUUAAGCUUGCGUCCCCGGAUCAAACACGUGGCAAUAGUUCGCUUUUUUCCCCGUGAUAGGACGCAUUUUUCAUUUUGCCAUUUUUUUCCUAUUUAGAUAACCCACCAUCGGUAGGCAGCCGACGAAGGUUCUGUAGACCUUAAGAAAUAGUUCCUACACGUCUUCUGAGUUAGCUUGAGAAAUAUUCCGUUUUCUCUUCACUCUAUCUGUCCUUUUUAUUUUCUUGAUGAAAUGUUUCUCCUAACUUGAAUCACGUUAGGAGUAUAUUAAAGUGCCAUGCUGAAUUCCGAAUCGGUUCUGGUAUUAUCCACUCUACAUGAGCUGCUACCGCUUUGCUAGUGUUAAAUACAGUAGCUUCCCUUCUGUGCCUCCGCUUCUGCUUCUUCUAGUUGUUUGUACAUCUGUUUCACCAUUGCAACUAGGGCGUCCCAACCCGAAUUCGAUUACACCAUGCGCCUUACUAGAUUUUCCACCCUUAAACGGAUAUUUAGUUUAGUUUCAAAGUUUCACCUUGAGCUUUCACAUCUCGGGCAGGUGAAGGAAAUGGUUUCUGAAUCUUCGGCUGUACCGGAACCUGUAGAGGUAUCGCCUGCACCCAUCGUGUCUCGUUAAGAACUGAGUCAAAUCGUAACGCGUCUCACUGUGGUUUCACUUAGUCCACAUAUGAGUACUUAUGUUUGGGAUAACCCUGUGAGUCACUUUGCUUACCUAGGCUUGCUUCCUGAUUAUCGUAUCAGCGGCUUGCCUAACUGCAUGAAAUAUCCACUAAAAUCACCCCAGCAAUUACGCAUGCAACAUGUUCGGAGAGCGCUGAUAUGCAGAUUCAAGCUAUUUACGAUGUUUUCUAUCUCUCACCAUGUUUCUGAUGCCCACGAUGGUGGCAUAUAAAAGAACAGAGUUGACGACUCGUAAUAAAAGUAAUCGGUGGCUGUGUUUCGGGCCGACUACAUUUAGAAGCAUCCUUGCUAAUGCUGAGAUGAUGGUAGCUGUUUUCUGCAAGAUUUUAAGACUCACCCUGGAGUUGAAAGUUCCUCGAAAGUAUUUCAGCGAAGGCAAGUUUCAGCCCGAAUUCUUUAAGCCAAGACUUGAUCGUCCAGAUGAUCUUGUUCGCAUAAAUCUCUACUUUGAAGGUGGGAUUGCAUAUUAUGACUACCCCGACUCCUGGUUAUGGAUUAUCUGCUCGAUAACCUAUGGAUCAAACCUCGUUACAGGAUUAAUACAAGCUUUUGUAAUUUUCACUAUACUAGGAACGAACCUUCCUUUGGGCAGUCAAUGUAAACAUGCUUGGUGCUACUCUAACUGCCAGUGUCCUGCCGUCCUGAUUCGACUGCGUUAUCCCGGACUCUUCUUGCUGCCUAAAGAACUUUGUCUGCGAUUACUGGAAGGAUUUCUUCAGCAUACGUUGAUAUCUUUGUGAAGGUAGUUUCCGAAUGUUGUGGAAAAAAACCAAAACAAUCUCCCGCAGCUAUCUAAGGCUCAUUAUAGGAGAGGACCUUUUACCUUUCAUUGCCGACAUAGUCGACUUGACUGUCAGUUUGUGAUCACACUCAUAUUCUCCAAAAUGGUUACUCCUAUUUAUACGAAACUUGGUGGAGCUGCGGGAGCUGUGAAAGUUUGCUCAUACGGUGAGUAACAUCGUUCUACAUUGAGUUUAAGGAGUAGGGGCCAUAGAUGCGAAAGGGAGAUGUAAGGUAUCCGGGAUAUCAGAUGAAAAGUCUCGAUUAUCACUCUCCAAAGCUGGCCUCAUUUGGGACAUUCGAUGCAAGAAGGGGGAAGGUGGAAACUGGGAAGCGAAAAUUUCUUUGACAGACCCACUCUCAGGAACUGGCUAACCCCAAUUUUUUUUUUAAAAAUAUUUUGAUAUAGGAAAUUGAAAAAAUCUUUCUGCCUGAAGCAUUGAGCUUCCGUUUUCCCGCCUUACUUUCUUUCUCCCGUUGCAAUACCAAUUGCAUUUUAUAUUCCGACCUGAUUGUGCAAUGUCCCUGUUGCUACAAUAAUGGAGAUGUGGUUUCGACUGCUUUCAGACCUAGUAUGACUAGAUAACUACUGCUUUACUUACAAACCCCUCUCCCCUACUUGCUGUCAUCAAGGAUAUGAAGCCUUAUUGUUAGAAAAGAAAACUUAAUCUCCCGCUUUCUGUGAUUUACCCUAGAGUGAUCCGGAUUUAAGGUGGGUAAGUUGGCGGGGGGGGGGGGGGCUAGAUCGAUGUUUUUCUCUCCUUUCCUUGUCCAAUUAACUUUCAAGUUAGAGUUUCAGAUGGAUUUCCUUCUGGGUAUGUCAUUUACCUCAACUGAAGAGCAGAUGUCCACAUCUAAAAAUAAUAAUCAAAGACGGCUUUUCAGCCUCGAAGCAAAGCAGAGGCAACUCGUCAGAAGCUGCCUCACCCUUGCCCUGGGAGCAGCGUCACUGAAGCGGCUCCCAAAUAUUAAAAUGCUUUUUUAUAUAAUUCACAAAUCACGAUAUUCCUGCGAAUUAUAUUGGCCAGUGCUAAAAUAUUUCAUUUAAGGAUUGAGGAUCCUAAGUCCGCAUCCACUUGAUGUCGGACCUAACUAAGUGGGAAGAAAUUUACUCCCUCUUUUUUUGGUCCAGGGACCCCUCGUUUUGGAUUUAGCACCCAAGCCUCAAAAAAUAAUAACUGAAGACCGCUUUAUGACCUCGUACCAGGUUAGAGACAAGCAUAGAUGUGUGCGAGGAGGUACCAUUUCCUUAAACCGAGCAGCUCUUGCUCUUCAUUGUGGAGGGUGUUAUUCUCACUCUUCGAUUCUUCUGAAUAUAUUCCUCAGACCGUAAAAUAAAGAAUGUACACCGGAAACAAGGAGAACCUAUACAUCAUGGGUUCUGGUAUCUAAGUUGCUACAAUUAUUUUUAUCUAAAGAUGAGAUUUUAUUUUUUGUUCCCCCUUCGCUUGCAUUCUUUGCUUUCUUCUGGCUGAGGAAGGCUUUGCAGAAAUCUGUUGGUUGAAGUUGUUUACAGACUUUCAGGAUCUUGCUAUUUGUUAAUUUUGGACUUUUCCAGAAUUUGCUAUGCCAUUUUCGUUGUUUUCCUUAUUUAUGAGAGCAAAGUUACUCAUCGAGCGCCUAUUUCAUUAUAUCUAGAUGGUCCCAGUUUAAUCGUAUUCUAAUUUAAAGGUUCUAAUUGGAGCAUUUUAUUAUAAGCAAAAAAUAAAUAUUGUAGUAUUUUGUUGGGGUAAUUUUAGAAAAUUUAUAAACUAUUCAAUAGAAAUUACAAAGAAAUUAAUUUUUGAAGAAGACGAAUUAAUUCAAUUCUAAUAAAAAGAUAAUUUCAACUCAAUAACUACCAACAACAGUUCCAGAUUUUCACCUUACGUUCAAUUCAUCUAUAUAUACAUUGUAAAAACUCUAGUUGUAGUUUACUAUGUAGAAA